UAUCUACCCCAAAAGUUUUGCUGGUAGAGAACUCUGUAAGGUAUUAAGUUCACCAAAAUACUUCUUUGUUACAAUUUUAAAUAAACGCUUGAUAUUUAUUCCAAAAUUGUUCAACCCCAUCCACGCUAACAUAGCCGCUGAUUCUUGAACUUCCUACUUAGAACUUUCGUCUUUCGCAAAGGUACAGAUCCGUUUCCUAGGGUUUCCCUGCGCAGGCGCCCCACCGCUCGCAUAUAGUCACUACAUAUUUAAACAAGCCUCAUUUGCCGCUGGUCGUGUAACAGAACCUACUUGGUAUCGACUAGAAAAUUCCAAAGUUCCAAAUUUAAAUUUUCAAGUUUUUAUGUUGUGCUUUUGUCAAUUGUUUUUCUUGUCGUUGUUGGUUUCGCAUGUGAUUUGUGAUAAGUGAUAAUGAAUAAGUUAACGUAGUGAUUUUGUUUUGUUUUUGUUUGACAAUCAACUAAAAAUGGCCACCAAAUUCACCGCAGCCCUCGCCCUCUUCACCGUGCUCGCUUUGGCGAUCAACUUCGGCAACGUUGCGGCCAGCCCUGCGAUCGCAACCGGCUACGACGCAAUGGAGAUCUGCAUCGAAAACUGCGCGCAAUGCAAAAAGAUGCUUGGCGCCUGGUUCGAGGGUCCAUUAUGCGCUGAAUCCUGCAUCAAGUUCAAGGGCAAACUGAUCCCCGAGUGUGAAGACUUCGCUUCCAUCUCCCCGUUCCUUAAUAAGCUUUAAGUUAGCCCGAUUUUACUUCGAAUUUAGGCAAUAGUCCCUUAUGUCCAUGUCGUUAAAGUCCAUAUUACAAAUAAUGGUGCUAGUGAACGAUUCUGUAGUCUGGGAUUACAUUAGUAGCCUACGUACAUAAUAGUAGCAUAAUAAGACUUCUAUUCUCAUAUUGAAUAAGUUCUUGCCAAGCAUUUUCUAUAACAGUGAUCUUCCUGCAAGUUUUACAAAUGGCUAAAGUAAGAUUUCAUACCCGCUAAAGCUAAAGUCGUAUACAGAAAUGAAAAUCUGCAUUAGUGUGAAUUGUAGUGUUAUUAGAAUAUAACUAUAGAGAGAAACUAAAUGUUAUUUUGUAAAUCACUAGCGACCACCCGCGACUUCGUAUGCGUGGACCCCGUUUGACCCCCUUAGUGAUAGUUUCGUUAAAUCUGUUCUUAGUCUACAUAUAGAUUUUAGGACUAAACCAAGCUCUUGCCUUUAUUCGAAGUUACUCUUAGUAUAAUUUCAACGAAGUCAUGCCAAAGUCUAUCGAUACUCUUAGUGUAAGUGAAAUAUGAAUGAAUUUGUAUGUACUUGAUGCAUUUACAGGGAUUAAUGUAAGUGAUAAUGAAAUAUAACAAUG